CCGCCUCCGUUUGUUGGGCAAGCAAAAGCUGAAAAGCUCAGCUAAGCUCCAACGUCCAUCUUCUUCGGAAACUCCGCAGGAGCGGGACAAAGCUUGUGACUUUGGAGAAAUCAUCACAUGCGCGCUCUCCUCCAUUGUCGCCACCAUCAUCACCCACGCCCAAUCCUCCGAACCCCAUUUCGGUCUCCCAUCCCUCUCGCCAGGAUGAGCUCUCUCUCGCUCUCUCCCCCCUCCGCUUCUCCGGAAUCCCUCCUCUUCGCUGCCUCCGGCCCCUCCUUCAAGCCUCCCCUGUUCUUGAAUUUCCCCGGAGCGCCCCGCCAUGGAGCCCCCGGCCUCGGUCUCGGUCUCGGGAAAGCGGGUCUUCGAUCCGGGGCCUCCAUGAGCGUCUCCGUCCGAUCCCAGAAGGCCGUCGACGACGGGUUGUUUCUUGAUUACAAGGCCUCUACCGCUUUCUUGUUCCCCGGUCAGGGUGCACAAGCAGUUGGAAUGGGAAAAGAUGCCCAGAGUGUGCCUGCUGCAGCAGAAUUAUACAUAAAGGCAAAAGACAUUUUAGGGUAUGAUCUUCUAGAUGUUUGUAGCAGUGGUCCGAAAGAAAAGCUUGAUUCAACUGUUAUAAGUCAGCCAGCCAUCUAUGUCACAAGUCUGGCUGCAGUUGAGAUACUACGUGCUCGGGAAGGUGGUCAACAGAUAAUUGAAUCUGUUGAUGUUACGUGUGGGUUAAGCUUGGGAGAAUACACCGCUCUAGCUUUUGCUGGAGCUUUCAGCUUUGAGGAUGGGCUUAAAUUGGUCAAACUACGAGGAGAAGCAAUGCAGGAAGCUGCUGAUGCAGCUAGGAGUGCCAUGGUCAGUAUCAUAGGGUUGGAUUCAGAGAAGGUCCAACUGUUGUGUGAUGCAGCUAAUGAAGAAGUUGAUGAAGAAAAUAAAGUUCAGAUUGCAAAUUACCUUUGCACUGGAAAUUAUGCAGUCUCUGGAGGCUUGAAAGGAAUAGAAGCAGUAGAAGCUAAAGCAAAGUCAUUUAAGGCUCGGAUGACGGUGCGUCUAGCUGUCGCUGGUGCUUUCCACACAAGCUUUAUGAAACCAGCAGUUUCUAGGUUGGAAGCUGCAUUGGCUGCAACAGAAAUCAGGACUCCUAGAAUACCAGUCAUAUCAAAUGUUGAUGCAAAACCACAUGCUGAUCCAGACACAAUUAAGAGGAUAUUAGCAAAUCAGGUGACUUCUCCCGUUCAGUGGGAAACAACAAUCAAGACUCUCCUCACGAAAGGGCUGAAGAAGAGCUAUGAAUUAGGGCCUGGAAAGGUGAUAGCAGGUAUUGUCAAGAGAAUGGACAAGAGUGCUGAGAUUGAAAAUAUUGGAGCUUGAAGCUUUUGAAUGGUUCCUGGAAUGUGUUGCUGCAAUUUUGUCUUCUCAUGCAGCUUCUCAGCAUGCAGAGCUGGAGUUUUUUGCUCGAUCUGACAUGAGUCAUGAAGGGCUUGAGGUUCCUUUUCAUUUCGCACCUCUGUUUUUCUUCUCUUUGACCGGAUUUAUGAUUGCAUACAGAGGAACUAGAUUUACCAGCACUUCGCUUUUUAUGAGAGAUACUAGUGGAUCCUUUAGAAAAGACACUUUUGCAUGGGGGUGGGAAUAAGGACUAAAUUGCUCAAUCAAACAAUCUACCGAACAUUCAUCUUCUCUUUUGUA